AUGUCAAGCAGGUGCACGGAGCAGUGUCUGGGAAAUUGUAAAACUUGUGCUAUUGGUAAUCAAUGCAUAGAAUGUAAACCUGGUUAUUUUACUGAUACAUGUAAUAAUAAAUGCGGAAAAGGAUGUGUCAACAAUACGUGUUCGUCGAUUUCAGGAGAAUGCACUUGUAGGUCAACACAUUUUGUCGAAGGUAAAUGUGAUAAAUGUUCAGAUGAUAAGUAUGGUGAUGAAUGUAGCAUAACAUGUCCUAGUUACUGUGGCAUCUGCGAAGACACACACUGCUUAUGGUGUAUAAACACUGUCCGUUAUGGAACAUUUUGUCGAUACAAAUGUUCAACAGGAUGCAACGAGGGUAAAUGUAAUAAAGGUGAUGGACAUUGUAUGAGGGGAUGCAAACUUGGUUAUAUAGGGGAAAAGUGUGAUUCAUGUUCGCCUGGAUUAUACAGUCAUACUUGUGAUUUAAUUUGUGCAGAGAAUUGUUAUACGUGUAUUUCUAAAACAAAUUGCACACAGUGUAAGUCCGGCUUUUACGGUGAAACAUGUACAAAAACCUGUCCAUCUGGUUGUAAUGGAAAUUGUUCACUUUCUGAUGGCCGAUGCAUAGUUUGUAAACCAGAAUUAUUCGGAGAAUUCUGUAACAGCACAUGCAAAGAUGGGACAUAUGGUGUUAAUUGUUCCAAACUAUGUCAGGAUGUAGACAGUUACUGCCAAGAGUGUCACACAGGUGAAAACGGUAUUUAUUGCGGCUGUAGGAAGUGUAAUGAUACUUACUAUUCGGUAAUACCCGUUGGAUAUAAUUAUAACAUAUGUAUACUUUGUCCACAUAACUGUAAAGAUAAAAUAUGCAAUACAACAGGAUCAUGUAAAGAAGGAUGCGUUCGAGGAAAAUGGGGAGAUGAGUGCAAUACAGAUUGCAAAACAAACUGUGUAGAAUGCAAUCAGAAGGAUGGUAAAUGUUCGGAUGUACUAAGGACACGUUUUCAGAGGACUGUUUACAAAACUGUAGCAAAACCUGCAAUACAAAUGAAAAUGCCCGAACCUGUUCCCAGGAUACAGGAACGUGUUUAA